GAAUGAAUAAACAAAGAAAAUAAACUUAGGAGUGUAAGCACAUAAAUAUUUGUAUUGCGAUCUAAGGAAUAUGGAUGAAGAUUGGAUGAAUUUAAUGAACACUUUGAAUUGCGGUGCCAUGAUGGCUGUCAUGGAGAUGGAUGCUGAAUUGCAAAACAAAAAGCGUAAGAAGGCGAAAUAUUGGGUGAGUUCAUACCUUAAACAACGGAACGAGAAGGGAAGGUUCAUGUCCGAUUUGAAAACUUUCGCAUGCCACCAGAAGUUUUCGAUGAAUUUUAUGAGAUGGUGGAGCCACAUUUACUUCCGAAACGCAACAGCAGGCCGAAAGAUUUUAUUCCAAUUAAAGCCAAAUUGGCAGUGGUACUGGAAUACCUAGCUUCGGGGGAUUUGCAACGCCACUUAGCUUCUUGCUAUCAUAUCAGCAAACAACA